AUGAAACUGCUCGUCGAUCACGAUCUGGCGGCUUUAAACGCGUUCCUGGCGAGCGUGAACGUCGGGGAUUACGUCGUGAGCGGACAGGUGGAGAAUUACAGCUGUAAGCUAGCGGGGACGGAUAAAAAGUUGUCCCGAUCGCUAGACGCGGAGGUGGUGACGGCGAUGGCGAGCUCGCCGACGACUCUGGGUUCGUCUCCGGUGGGGCCGCUGACGGACUCGCACAGUCGGAAGACGCUCAUUUAUUUGAUCCUCACCCUGAAUCACAUCUAUCCGGAUUAUGAUUUCAGUAGCUUACGAGCGGAACACUUCACCAAGGAGGGGACGCUGAGCUCGGUGAAAGCUGACAUCGACAUGCUUCUCAUGGAGAGUGGGAAGGUUUGGUCGGCGAGGUACGGGGAUGAGGAGGACUUCCUCGAGGUACUUUGGAAGACGAUCGACGACGCGAUCGAUGUGUGCGAUUGCGACGUGUACUCGUACACGGCGCUAUCGGAGGGCGACCCGUUCACGGAUGAAGGCAAUCUGUGGAGUUUCAAUUACUUUUUCUACAACAAGAAGUUGAAACGAAUUUUGUACUUCACCAUGCACGCGAGAUCAAAGACGAUGAUGGACAACAAAGACGAGGACGACGACGAUGACGACGAGGACCUUGAUUUGGGCGAGUCUGGUGAUGCUGGCACCGGAUACACCUCUUACGACCCGGCCGGAUCCACUUGGAAUUCGUUUGAGGAUUCGAUGAUGUUCGACGAGAUGGAUAUGUAG